AUGCUGCAUAAAAACGUCCUUAUUAAGGCCUGCGUGCGAGAGCUUGAAGAGCAAUUAGUAGUAAUAACUAAGAGAAAAUCGCGUAAGAGAAAGCAGAUUCAGCAUAGUGGCACACUUGAGUAUGGCCUAGCAGCAUUGUGGGUAGCUGCUGAGGCUCAACUGUUUGGCGCUGUGGGAACUGCAGCAAGACUGGACACAACGCACGAACGUGCUAGGAGGGUGUAG